AUGGGUAUCCCGACGGAAUCUGGUAUGCUGCAGAGCUCUCAGCUCUGGUUUAAGGGAGUGAGAAGUUCGAAAUUUCGGCACGUAUAUGGUGAACCGGCGAAAAGAGAAAAAUGCUACGACAACAUUCCUAUCACGAAAAACGCACACGAUUCCCAAUUCUGUGCAGUCAAUCCAAAAUUCGUAGCUGUCGUUACGGAAGUGGCCGGUGGAGGAGCUUUCAUCGUUAUCCCAAUCAACUGCACUGGCAGAUUGGAUUUUAAUGCUAGCAAAGUCACUGGCCACUCGGGUCCAAUUUUAGAUAUAAAAUGGAAUCCUUUUAAUGACAAUGUUAUCGCAUCCUGUUCAGAUGAUUGUACGAUAAAAUUGUGGCACAUUCCUGACGAAGGUCUUUCGGUACACCUAACAGAUUGGCUGGUAGAACUACAGGGCCAUAAACGGCGAGUUGGCUACAUAGAGUGGCAUCCGACAGCCGAAAACAUCCUCUUCAGUGCAGGUUUCGACUAUCUGGUUAUUGUUUGGGAUAUAGAAAAAGGCGAAGCCAUAAACGUGAUCGACUGCCACCACGAUGCCAUACAUUCCAUGUCCUUAAAUAGAGACGGUAGCUUGCUGGCUACUACUUGUAAGGAUAAAAAAUUGAGGAUUAUUGAACCAAGAAGUGGCAUUGUUAAAACGGAAGGAAUAUGUCAUGCUGGAUCUAAAGCAAGCAAAGUGAUCUACUUAGGUUCAACUGGUCAACUUUUAACCACCGGCUUCUCAAGACAUUCCGACCGACAAUAUUCAGUUUGGGACGAAUCCGAUCUAUCUCAGCCUCUUUUUACAGACAGUAUUGACAGUUCCUCCGGUGUGGUUUUUCCUUUCUUCGACGCCGACACCAAUAUGGUUUACCUAGCAGGAAAAGGAGAUGGUAACAUUAGAUACUACGAAGUGACUGAUGAAGCUCCGUUUGUUCACUACUUAAGCCAAAUUCUGUCUGGAAAUCCACAAAGAGGGUUAGGUUUUAUGCCAAAGAGAGGUCUCAGGACUGCCCAGUGUGAAGUUUUUCGAUUUUAUAAGUUACAUGCAACUAAAGGCUUGUGUGAACCGAUCAGUAUGAUCGUACCUCGCAAAAGUGAUCAAUUCCAUGAAGAUUUGUACCCGGAUACGGCAGCUCCUAGGCCGGCGUUGUCCGCUCAGGAAUGGAUCAGGGGCAAGAAUGCCAUGCCGUUGCUCAUAUCUAUGAAAACAGGUGAACAAAACGAACUCAACAUAACAUCUAUAAAACAACGUAACUUGAUCAAAACAGUCGCCGAAACAUCGAAAGUGGACAACAACAAGAAGAAACUGGCUUUCCUUGCAACGGAGACUAUCAUAGAUUACCGGCCGAAAGAUGCUGUCAUUACGGAGAAGAGUAGGAAAACUACUAAUAAUCAAACUUUCCAAAAGUUGCAGCAGAAGUUCAGUCAAAUCGAAAUUAACAAUCAUAAAGAUAUUCGUCUGAUAAAAGAGGUGAAUAGCAUCGGGGAUAAUAUCUUGACUGAAAACGACUUGCGACGAGCAUAUCAAUCUCAAGGCGAAGAAAUUCGCAAAUUGAAGAAACAACUUAUCAAUAGCGAACAAAGAGUGAAAGAACUCGAAGACCAGCUGAAGAGGUUACUUAAGAAGUAA